CCCAGAACUCCCGGCCGCUGCGCUCCUGGCCCGCGAGGCGUGGCACUGUUUCGGCUACCCACCGGGAGGUAAGAGGGCUACGCUGACCGCCCAAGCCUUGGAGGGAAGGAAAGAACGGGGGUCUGGCGCCUCCACCCGUCUUAGGGAAAACGUUACCCGUCUUUGGCUUCUGUUUGUCCACUCUGCGCUGUGCAGUCCGUCUGUCUGUCUGUCCACACGUCUGUUGAUGGGCACACGCCCCUGUCACUGUCCUCUGAGAUUUCUUUGCGGUCGUGUGAUCCUUGACAAACAGCAGGUGCCGGGGGCGCCGGUGUCCCGGAGCGCAUCCAGCGGGGGGCAGAUCCUUGCUUUCCGUAGAGUCCUCCCUUCUGAAUGGCUCGGGGGUCUUGCGCCCCGGACAGUGUCUCUCCAAGGAGGGACUGCUCCGAGGGUCAGGUCCCAGAGUCCAGCCGACAGGGAGCCGGCUCACUGUGCACUAGUGUGCGUGCGCCUGGCAACAGGUCUGCGCCCUGCUGCUGGUCCUCAGCAGGGUCCUCCUUCUGGUUUCCCUCCGCCUCCCGCUAUCACCUCGCUCGCGCACUCCCGGACAGCGCUAGGCACCCAGCGUCGCGCAGGCAUCCGCGCGGGACCGGGUGGAGGCAAUUGAAUGUUAGAUGACAGGAGGGCUCCUGCUGAUGUUUAGACUGAGAUUCCAAACCUGGCCUCGCUGGAAGAGGGUUUGAUGGUCCCUUGCAAGGGACGUCAGCUCCAAGAAGGGUCAAAUUAGGUUGGGAGGAAAGGCAGGGACCUGGCGGAGCACAGGCCAGGGCCGAGGCCAGGUCUCCUGCUCGCCACUCUGGGAACGACGGCCAGAAACAUUCUGGAAUGGAGCCGGCGGGACGCAUAUGCUCUUGAGAAAGGAGCUCAGUGCGUCCGAGGUCCUCAGCCGCAGACCCGCUCUCAGCGCUCUCAGCGACCGCCGCAGCUUGGUUCCCGGGGUCGAACACUACGGUCGUCCCAGACGUGCCGCCAGCAGCCGGGGUUGAAGUCCUGAGUCCUGCUCUGUGCAGCCAACGCUGCCCACAGGUGAGAACUCCCUUUUUAAACUAACCUUUUGAUGUGUGAGCCAGUGCUUGGCUGCAGCCCCAUCCCGGAGACGGUGAGCCUGAGAGCCAGUCACUCCAUUCCGGCGGUCUGGAAAGUGAUCCCGGGCGCGCCCCGGGGCGGGGAGCCGGCGGCUCUGCGUGCCCAGGCGCAGCACCACCAUGGACAGCUCCCAGCCGCUGCCUCCACUCCGGGUCUGUGGCCCCGGGUCUCCGGGGAAGUCGCGCGCUCUCCUCCCAGACUCAGGGCCUUGGGGCGCAGGGCAGGAGGAGAGAGACGGCUGGAAUGCGGGAGCCCUCGGUAUCCUGUCCCGAGGCGGCGUGAGCCACUCAGGAGCAUAAAGGGAGGCUGCGGUUUGUGGCCGGGUCCUAGACCGGCCUGCUGCUGAGCUCUGGGCGCGGCCUCUGGUGUGGUGUCACAGGGGACUUCUGUGGCGUUCCUGUGGCACCGCGGGGCCCCUCAAAGAUGUUAUAAAUGUGCGACACCUGAGCAUCCUGCUGAGGCAGUGAGAUAAUGCCAGACUUAAUUAGGCACCCCGCUCAAACUGCUUUCUGUGCACCGCACAAGGUCGUGUUAUGUUUUAUUAUGUUAUUUAGUAAAUACGAUAUUGGGAGGAUAUAUUAGUUUCACAGUUACCAGUGACAGAAUGGAGAAGAAUCAAAGAGAACAAAUUUAUGGAGAAUGUUUGGAUGCAUUUGCAAAAGCAAGAAUGCUGUUUUCUGAUCCUAAUCUUUUCCUCCAACGUGCAUAACACUCUUAAAGAAGCUUCCAAUGGUUCCUCUUUAGCCCAGUAGAUGAUUUUUUCAAGUUGGUUGCUUGGAAACAGGGAGGAGAGAACCUGCAGGGGUUAAUCUGUGCAGAUUAAACAUCUCUCUUCUCUGAUAAGAGAUGAUGUUGGUUGGGGCUCUUCUUUUUGUCAUCUCCACAUACGCAGAAGUGUGUAUUUUCCUUCAUUUUAAAAUUGCAAGGAAUUCAGAAGGUCUUUUGUUUGUGACUGAUGAAGCUUCAUGGAGUGUAAAAACAAUUAAGCAUCUUUUUUUUUUUUUUUUUUGGAGACAGGAUGUGUGACUUGUAGAAAGUUGCCUGUUUCCUUGUCUGUAAACUGGGGACAGCAAAAUCUACCUCGCAGUUCCUAGUGAGAAUUAGGUGGCAUGAUGUAGAGCACUUAGCCCAGAGCUGAGCAGAGAGAAAGCUCUUAAAAUGGUAGUGACUACAGGUGUAUUUUAAAGACAGUUGUGCAUUUCUUUUGAAUUAUGUUCCCCAGCCCUCUGCUCUCUCUCCUAACCUAGUAAUUGUUUGAUAGGGACUCCAUCUCCACUUUAUUUUCAUGUUUGAGAACUUGUUGAUGGAACUGAUGAAAGUGCUGAAGUUCAUCACAGUGCCAAAAAAAUCUUAGCCAAAGAUAAAUGGAAGAAUUUUUGUGUAAGACAAAUCAGUCAUCUAUUUUUCCCACCUGUACCGCUUGGAGGAAAGAUAAAGUAAGUCAUUUUCAAAAUACUGUCACAGCCCUCUGGUUCAGAUGAUCAGUUCUUCCUAAUCCUUCUCUAAAGAGAAUGCAGGAUUUUAGAAGGGGCCUCCUUGUCUUGCUGGGGGUGAAGUUCUCUUGGGUGUUGAUGGGGAGUGGCCUCCAUGGCCCCAUUUCUGGAUUACUGCAGGGUGAAGUGAGGGUUGACUGCUCUGAGGCAGCACCAUGUCAAGGAACCCCCUGAGUGGUCCUUAUCAUCUGUCUGAGCCUUGUGUAGCUAUGAGAUCCUGACCAAGACACUCGCUCUGCCUGGAGCACUGGCCACUUACUUGGUCCCAGCUGGAUUUGAAGAUUCCCUCCAACUCUGCCUUCGGGGUUCUGUCUGAUAGAAAUCAUUAAUAUGUGACACACCACAGAAGUUUGGAUAAUGGAGUUAUAAUGGGCCCAAUCUUACAGUUAGAUUUUUUUUUCUAAAAGGUGUGUGUAUGUGUGUGUGUUUCUGCCAGUUUCACAUUCUGGUGCUCUUAGAUUUUCCAUCUUUUUUUUUCCUUAGUAGAUCAGAAGUAAUCUUAGCUCCCUCCAUCUGAAAGGAAUGGAGCUAAAGGAUGUGGUCCACACGUGCAGGGAGUCUUUCUGUGACUUUCAUCGACCCAGUGAUGUGGAUGGAGCAGGAGGAAGUGGGCCCUGGCAGACCCUGGCAUCCUGGCUCUCCUUUCUGGACUCUCAUGCAGGCUCCGGUUCCAGCACACACAGCUUUCUGGACGCACUGUGCCAGGAUGGGAGCUGCUGGUGGGCAGGACUUCUCCUUCGAGGUGAUGCUGAUGAUCAGUGGGCUCAUCCUGGCCCACGUUCCUGGGGCCACAUCCACAGUGGCAACCGAGUGUCCUGACCAGAGCCCUGAGCUGCAGCCCUGGAACCCUGGCCAUGACAAGGACCACUAUGUGUACAUCGGUCAGAGCAGAACACUGCUGCUCACCUCUUCCGCCACGGUCCACUCCAUCCACAUCUCAGAGGGAGGAAAGCUAGUCAUUAAAGAUCAUGAUGAGACAAUCGUUUUGCGCACCCGGCACAUCUUGAUUGACAACGGAGGAGAGCUGCAUGCUGGGAGUGCCCUCUGCCCUUUCCAGGGCAAUUUCAGCAUCGUUUUGUAUGGAAGGGCUGACGAAGGUGUUCAGCCGGACCCUUACUAUGGCCUGAAGUACAUUGGAGUCGGCAAAGGAGGCACCCUUGAGCUGCAUGGACGGAAAAAGCUCUCCUGGACGUUUCUGAACAAGACUCUUCACCCAGGUGGCAUGGAGGAGGGAGGCUAUUUUUUUGAAAGGAGCUGGGGUCACCGUGGAGUCAUUGUUCAUGUCAUCGACCCCAAAUCAGGGACAGUCAUCCAUUCUGACCGGUUUGACACCUAUAGAUCCAAGAAGGAGAGUGAACGUCUGGUCCAGUAUUUGAAUGCAGUACCCGACGGCAGGAUCCUUUCUGUUGCGGUGAAUGAUGAAGGAUCUCGAAACUUGGAUGACGUGGCCAGGAAGGCGAUGACCAGACUAGGCAGCAAGCACUUCUUACACCUUGGAUUCAGACACCCGUGGAGUUUUGUAACCGUGAAAGGAAAUCCCUCGUCUUCCGUUGAAGACCAUAUUGAAUAUCACGGACACCGCGGCUCUGCAGCUGCCCGCGUAUUCAAACUGUUCCGGUCAGAGCAUGGCGAGCUUUUCAAUGUUUCUUCAUCUAGCGAGUGGGUUCAAGACGUGGAGUGGACAGAGUGGUUCAAACAUGAUAAAGUGCCGCAGACUAAAGGUGGGGAGAAAAUUUCAGACGUCCGGGCUGCUCACCCAGGAAAAAUCUGCAACCGCCCCAUUGAUAUACAGGCCAUGACAGUGGAUGGAGUUAACCUCACCACCGAGGUUGUCUACAAAAGAGGCCAGGAUUAUAGGUUUGUGUGCUACGACCGGGGCCGAGCCUGCCGGGGCUACCGUGUGCGGUUCCUUUGUGGGAAGCCUGUGAGGCCCAGACUCACUGUCACCAUCGACACCAACGUGAACAGCACCGUCCUGAAUCUGGAAGACAACGUACAGUCAUGGAAGCCUGGGGACACCUUGGUGGUCGCCAGUACUGAUUACUCCAUGUACCAGGCGGAAGAGUUCCAGGUGCUUCCCUGCAAAGCCUGUGCCUCCAACCAGGUCAGAGUAGCAGGGAAACCAGUGUACCUGCACAUCGGGGAGGAGAUAGAUGGCGUGGACAUGCGAGCCGAGGUCGGGCUCCUGAGCCGGAACAUUGUGGUGAUGGGGGAGACGGAGGAUGAAUGCUACCCUUACAGCAACCACAUCUGCAACUUCUUUGACUUUGAUACCUUUGGAGGCCACAUCAAGUUUGCACUGGGAUUUAAGGCAGCACACCUGGAGGGCGUCGAGCUGAAGCAUAUGGGGCAGCAGCUGUUGGGUCAGUACCCAAUUCACUUCCACCUGGUGGGUGAUGUGGAUGAAAAGGGAGGCUACGACCCACCCACGUACGUCAGGGACCUCUCCAUCCACCACACGUUCUCUCGCUGCGUCACCGUCCACGGCUCCAAUGGCUUGUUGGUCAAGGACGUUGUGGGAUAUAACUCUUUGGGCCACUGCUUCUUCACGGAAGAUGGGCCAGAGGAACGCAACACCUUUGAUCACUGUCUUGGCCUCCUUGUCAAGUCUGGAACCCUCCUCCCCUCUGACCGUGACAGCAAGAUGUGCAAGAUGAUCACAGAAGACUCCUAUCCGGGGUACAUCCCCAAGCCCAGGCAGGACUGCAAUGCUGUGUCCACCUUCUGGAUUGCCAAUCCCAACAACAACCUCAUAAACUGCGCUGCUGCAGGAUCCGAGGAAACUGGAUUUUGGUUCAUUUUUCACCACGUCCCGACGGGCCCCUCAGUGGGAAUGUACUCCCCAGGUUACUCGGAGCACAUCCCACUGGGAAAAUUCCAUAACAACCGGGCACAUUCCAACUACCGGGCUGGCAUGAUCAUAGACAAUGGAGUCAAAACUACAGAGGCCUCUGCCAAGGACAAACGGCCCUUCCUCUCCAUCAUCUCUGCCAGAUACAGCCCUCACCAGGAUGCUGACCCGCUGAAGCCUCGGGAGCCGGCCAUCAUCAAGCAUUUCACCGCCUACAAGAACCAGGACCACGGGGCCUGGCUGCGCGGUGGGGAUGUGUGGCUGGACAGCUGCCGGAAUUUUCCAAUCCGAGGAAUUCAGUUCUACGAUGGCCCCAUCAACAUCCAGAACUGCACUUUCCGCAAGUUUGCAGCCCUGGAGGGCCGGCACACCAGCGCCCUGGCCUUUCGCCUGAACAAUGCCUGGCAGAGCUGCCCCCACAACAAUGUGACCAGUGUCGCCUUUGAGGACGUCCCGAUUACUUCCAGAGUGUUCUUCGGAGAGCCUGGGCCCUGGUUCAAUCAGCUGGACAUGGAUGGGGAUAAGACGUCGGUGUUCCACGAUGUUGAUGGCUCCGUGUCCGAGUACCCGGGGUCCUACCUCACCAAGGAUGACAACUGGCUGGUCCGGCACCCAGACUGCAUCAACGUCCCGGACUGGAGAGGGGCCAUCUGCAGUGGGCGCUAUGCACAGAUGUACAUUCAGGCCUACAAGACCAGUAACCUGCGAAUGAAGAUCAUCAAGAAUGACUUCCCCAGCCACCCUCUCUACCUGGAGGGGGCUCUGACCAGGAGUACCCACUACCAGCAGUACCAGCCAGUCAUCACUCUGCAGAAGGGCUAUACCAUCCACUGGGACCAGACGGCCCCCACUGAGCUCACCAUCUGGCUCAUCAACUUCAACAAGGGCGACUGGAUCCGCGUGGGGCUCUGCUACCCGAGAGGCACCAGCUUUUCCAUCCUCUCAGAUGUUCACAAUCGCCUGCUGAAGCAAACGUCAAAGACAGGCACGUUCGUGAGGACCUUACAAAUGGACAAAGUGGAGCAGAGCCCUCCCGGCAGGAGCCACUACUAUUGGGAUGAGGACUCAGGGCUGCUGUUCCUGAAGCUGAAGGCUCAGAACGAGAGAGAGAAGUUUGCCUUCUGCUCUGUGAAAGGCUGUGAGAGAAUAAAGAUAAAAGCUGUGAUCCCGAAGAACGCAGGCGUCAGCGACUGCACGGCCACAGCCUACCCUAGGUUCGCCGAGAGGGCCGUGGUGGACGUGCCGAUGCCCAAGAAGCUCUUCGGGUCUCAGCUGAAGACGAAGGACCACUUCUUGGAGGUGAAGAUGGAGAGUUCCAAACAGCGCUUCUUCCACCUGCUGAAUGACUGUGCCUACAUUGAAGUGGAUGGGAAGAAGUACUCAGGCUCAGAAGACGGCAUCCAGGUGAUAGUGAUUGACGGGAGCCAAGGGCAUGUGGUGAGCCACGCGAGCUUCAGGAACGCCAUUCUGCAGGGCAUACCGUGGCAGGUCUUCAAUUACGUGGCAGCCAUCCCCGACAAUUCCAUAGUUCUCAUGGCAUCGAAGGGAAGAUACAUCUCCAGAGGCCCGUGGACCAGAGUGCUGGAGAAGCUCGGGGCAGACAAGGGUCUCAAGCUGAAAGAGAAAAUGGCAUUCAUUGGGUUCAAAGGCAGCUUCCGGCCCACCUGGGUGACUCUGGACACUGAUGACCACAAGGCCAAAAUCUUCCAAGUUGUGCCCAUCCCUGUGGUGAAGAAGAAGAAGUUGUAAGGAUGGCUGCCUCCUCGGUGCUGCCCCAUGGUGGACUAUGAUGUGGACUCUUGGCAGCAGACUAGGGCAGGAUGGCUGGUUCCCCUGGCCCCUGUCUAGCAGCUACUGGAAGGGCCAUGUGUCAGUCCUGAUGGGCCAAGAGAAGGCUAUCAGAGACCCCUAGUGCUGCCAGCUGCCCCUACUCAAGUGUCUACCUGCAGCCCCAGGGGCGGUGUUGGCCGAUGCUGGAAACUUCUUUCCUGCAGCCUCUUGGGUGCUUCUCUCCUAUCCGUGCCUCUUCAGUGGGGGGUGUGGGGACCAUACGAGGAGACCCAGGCUGUGCUGGCACCAAGGUCCCCUUUGGCAGGAGUCCUGCUCCAGCUGAGAGGCAGCCUGGGGGGCUGGGUCAUUCACAGAUCCCCAUGCUCUCCAACACGUACAUUAGGGUGCUAGAUGUGGGAAAAAGAGCCCUGGUCUUAAGGAAUCUUUAUUCUUGUAAGCAAGAACCAACUUGCUAACUACUAAUCCCUGGGAUUAGGAGCUGCUGUAUAGGCAGAGCUUGCCAAGGUGGAACCAUCUACCCUUGGGAAGGGUGAGGCCUGCCUCUGGAGGGGUUCAACCGCUCAGGAGACUUCAGGUCCCAGUUUGGGAGUUGGACUAGGUGACUUUUAAAGGCCCUUUCAGUUCUGAGAUUCCUGAAGACUGUCACUUUUCACAUUGUACCUGGAACCCAGCAGUGGAUGAGAACAUUCUUUUCAGCCAACAUCCAUAAUGCUGGUUGCCCCAGCGGGGCAUACAGGAUGGAGGGGUGAGGAGUAAUGCCUGGAGCGAGGGGCUUGCCGUCUGGUAGGAUGGCAGUCAGGUGUUUGUGCCCUCUGAUGCCAGGCAGAGAGAGUGAAGAGAGGUCAAAUGGAGACCAAUGACAGUUCAGAGGAGGGAAAGGUUUUAUAUGCUUGGGUGGGUCAGGAGGGCUUCCUAUAGGAGGAGGCAAUGGGCUUGCAGGAAUAGUGGGCAGAGAUGACGCAGCCUCUGGAGUGGUUCAGAGGCAGAGCCCUUCCUGCCCCCAUCUGCCAAAGCUGAGUGACUGCAAGGUCACCCUUUGCCCUUGACUUGUUGGCUUACUCAGAAAGGAGAAGCAGAGAAGCGUGCGUAGAGGGAGGAAUGGGCUGGGCUUGCUAUGCCCAGAUCCCUGAGGAAUUUGGUCCCCAGCCAGCCCCAUCUCUGACUUCAGGAGAGGGUGGAGCCAAGUCGAGGGAAGCGAGCUCCUACUUUGAGGCCUCAUUUGCUCUUUACUCGGGGACGUGAGAGCACUCCAGAGGCCCCGAGAACAUGCUCACACUUCAGUGAGCCUGGGAUUUCAGAGCUGGAAAGGACCUUAGGAAAUAUCUAGUCCAAAGCCUUCUUUUACAGAUGGGGCACAUGAGACCCUGAGAUGGGGAAGAACCACAGGGCAAAGGCCAGGCCAGGCCGGAAGCCCACCGCCAGCACUUGAUACCACACCACACUGCCUCACCCGCCGGCCUGGAGCAUCUGGGCGCUCCUGCAGGAGCUUCCUGAAAUGGGAGCAAGCCUCCUCGGAGGGAGAAAAUGACCAGAAUAGAAAGAGAAUUGGCCAAUGACUAUUUCCCUCCCGGCCCUCUGCGCACAUAUGGCUGCCCUCCUCUGGCUGUGGCGGCCCCGCAGCCUCCACUCUGUUCAGACCACCUGCCAGCCCCGUGGGGCACAGGGCGGCUGCGGUGACCCACUGUGCUACCUGUCUCUGCAGGUCCACAGGUGCACCCAGCAGACAGCGCCGGCUCGCCAAAGUGCUUGUGGUGAGCCAACCAGGCUGCUCUCGGUCCACCCCAGGCCCUCGCAGUUACUGCUUCCUGCCCUGCUCUCUCCCUUGCCCAACCUGGAGGGAGCUAAGAGAGCUCCCAGAAGGAGGAAAACUCCACCUGUGGUUUAUACUCUCUGGUGAGGUGCCAGGGUUCCUGGGUCCCAUGAGGAGCUGCAUUUGUCCCCUUUCCUGCCCCACCCACAAACUCUUCCCUUCUAGGAGGGCUUUCUUGGCUCCCUCUGUCCAGCUGCACCAUGAGACUCAGCCAGCGAGUCCACACCCCAGGUUGAACCCACUGCAGAGAGGUAUUUCCAACCAAACAGUUCUUUCAGCUGCUAGGAGGUGGUGAUGGGACUCCGCCUCUUAAAACAUGGCUGCUUCAAAGGCCCUAAUCCCAGGAAGGACUCUUCCAGGCAGAUUAGUGGCGACAGGGAGGAGUUACAUGACCUCAUGUUCUUGUCUAAGUUCUGUUGAGUUUUCCAAACUCCUUAAUGCAAGGGUCUCACACUGUGAACCACUUAGGAUGUGAUCACUUCAAGUGGCCAGGAACUUUGACUGUCUGGUUCAUUCAUUUCAAACAAUAUCUAUUUGAAAAUCCUCAGAGUUGUACAUAUGUCUGACAGUGCAGGAUUUGCACAUAAAACCUUCUUUUCUAAACCAUUCACCAAGAGCCAGGGUCCAGGUGUGUUCUUGGGAGCACAAAUUUUUUGUUGCUUACAGAAUUGUUCUUGUCAUCCUGUUUGUAAGCACGAAAACAAGUUAGGCCUGCAAGGAAAACAACCUCCUCUGAAAUGCUUGUCUUUUUCCUGUUGCCGAAAUAGCUGGUCCUUUUUCGGGAAUUAGAUAUAUAGUCUGUUUUGUUUGUGAACAUUUCUUGUAGGCAUCACCAUCAACAAAGAUAUAUUUUCUAUUUAUUUAUUAUAUAUGCACUUCGAGAAGUCAUUGUCACAGAAAUGAAGAAUUGUCUUAAAUGUCACGUUUGGGGAUGUCCUUUGGACUACUUGAAGGAGUGUACCCAGAGCCUUCUGCUAGCAGCAGAGGACACGAGCUCUGGUUUGGAAAAUCUUGGUAUAUCAUAGUAAACAUACAAAGAAUGCCAUCAUCCUGUCUGCUUGUUUUGUUUUCCAUU